GGCUGCUGGUAUCGUGUCGGACGAUUUCCUCCUCUACUCGCCAAACUCUACUCUGUGCUCAGUGAACCUCACAGACAUAGUGAACGCCUCCAGUCUCUACCGCUGCAUGGACCACGCACAAAAGAGUCAGCUCGUUGCCAUGCUGCCUGCUGUCGACACUGCCAAUGGCUCCGCCAGUGUGGAGAGCAUGUUCCGCAGCAAGACGUUUCUCCGAGCAGUCAAGAACUUCCAGAAGCUGCUCGCGCAGGGCAUGUUUGACGCAUCUUCCCUGCCGGCAGACACAGCGCACCUCUUCUCCUCCCUCACCUCCACCUCGUGCCUUGACCUCUCUGCCUCUGGCUGGUGGCAGCGCUGGGGCCAGGCUCAUGCCUCCUCUGCUUCUGUCUCUCACCCGCCACCACCUGCACCUGCACCAACACCGCCCACACCAACCCCACCACCGCCGCCACCGCAACCAUCACCUCCACCACCAACACCACCUGCAGCUGCUUCUCCUGCCGUUACUGCUGCUGUGAUUGCGCCUAGUGUAUCUGCAGCUGCUGCUGCUGCCAUUGCUGUUUCUGCUGUUGCUGUUCCUUCCACCAUUUCGCCUGCACCUGUCACUGCAGCAGGGGAUUCUCGCUCAUCCACCCCUCCGUCGCCAGUACACACCCCUCCUGCCGUCCCUGCUCCAUCUGCCCUUUCCACUGCUGUAAUCAUUGCACGUGGCAGCACUGCUGCUGGUGCUGCGAGUGGGGCUGGUGCUGACAGUCCGUCUGGUGCUCCCAGUGCUAGCACUGUUGGUACUGCUGCAGCAGGUGGACACUCAGGAGGCCAAGGCAUGUCGCAUUCUCUCGGGCAUCCUCGCUCCGCAUCAACAGCAUCAGGUCCAUCUCCUAGCAUGUCAACAGUGCCAUCUUCUUCACCCAGUGCCGGCUCUGCUCUACGCAAAUGCACCACUGCCACUGCCUCUACGACAGGACCUACUGCAUGCAGCAGUAUGGACAAUGGAGUGGCAGCAGCUGAUGCGGCCGCCAGAGUGUUCAGUGGAGUGUCUGGGUCUCAGAAGAAGCCACCACCAGGCGCACAAGCAAUGGCAGCACCAGGCGUGGGAGCUGGACACAAGUCUCAGAGAAUCCCUGCUGUCACUGCUACCACUGCUGUUUCAAUCCCUACCGUCUCUGCCACUACUGGUGCGUUGGCAGUGCCAGCACACGUGACUGGUAUGACAGCAAUGAAGGCAGCAGUUGUGAUUCCAGUGCAGGAGCAGCAGCAGGCGGGAAGAAAGGUUGCACCCGUGGUGCCUGCAGGCUUGGGGGUGGGAACAGGUAAAGUAGCAGAGGCGAAGGAUGAGGACGAGGAGGAUGGGUCAUUUGCUGCUGUGUGUGGGCAUGUUAAAGUGCCACAACAGCCCAACCGUAACCAAGCUUCCCGUGACCCCUCACAUUUCGCCCUGUCGGCCAACUUCUUCUCGGGUUCCUCCCUACUAUCUGCCUCCCCUCCCACUGGGACUACCACUCCUUCGCCUCCUCCUUUCCACACCUCCGUCCUCCCCUCCAACAGCACUCACCCAUCCUCAUCCACCUCUCCUGGUUCGUUCCCCCGGGUCAACCAGUCGGCAUCAGUAACACCUGCUGCUGCUGCCCCAUCAUCCCAUGGGGCCAACACGUGGCAGAAGCUAGCUGCUGCAGCAGCAGCAGCAAGGCCAGCAGUGUCCACUGCAGCACCUGCUGCAGCAACAUCAGUUUCAGGAAAAGGAGGAAUCGCUACUAGUAUUAGUUCGAGGAGGCCACUCGGCAUGCCACCACCUGGUGCGACAUCAGUGGCCGCAGUGCCAGCAGCUUGGGCAUCAGGAGCAUCUAGAGCGUCAGAUUUAGGAACCAGAUACACGCUGGGAGAAGGUGUGCUGAAUGGGCGGCUGAUUGUGGCGCGUUCUGUGGAUAUGUACUCGGACCCUCUGAGGGAUAACCUCAUGUGGGAUAGCUCCUCCGGUACUGGUGGCUCGUGCAGUGUCAUUGUUCCUCAUGGUGCCACUGCAAUGCAAGAGCCACUAGAGUGA